GAAAUUCUCUAACCACUGAACGACGGCGACCAACAUUCGAAAUAGUUUCGAAGGGCUCACUUAAAUCCAAUGUGACUUUGUGAGGCUCUCCAUAGUUUACUGAUUGAAGUGACUCGAUUCUUUGAUGAUGAGCUUGGAAUACUAAGAGUCGCACCUUGAUUGAUUGAUUGACUGAUCAAGAGAGAGAAUCAACGAAGAUGGCAGCUGCACAAUCAGGGGCUGCGCAGCAAAAAUGGCCGCUGUAUAACCCAAGACUCGGGGUUCCGUUAUUGAAGCGAAUUCACAUAGUGCAUACACAGGCUGACAAUAUCGUGCUGGAGCCCUUGUGGAAUUUGAAAGUACUUCCUGCAUAUAAUAUUGAGGCCCCGCUUCCCUUUUCAACUUGUAUAUGGAUCAAAGUAUCGAAAAGGUUUUCUAAUAUUCCUCAUUUUUCCCAAACCUCAUAGUAGUUCAGUGACCAUCAAUAAAAAGCAAUUCAGUUUUCGACUUCAAAAAACAGAAAGGAAAGCAAGUGGAAAUCAUUGAAAAAAUACUGUUUGGAGCGGAGAAGAUUUAUGUGGAUUUGAGGAACAGAAGCGCCGAGAAGGAUGGAACUGCAUAUUUUAUUCAUCAUCAGUCUUGGUUCUAGUGCUAGUGAUACAUAGGACACGGCUGGAGCAUUGGCUUGACCGAGUUGCGUUUCUCUUUUGUAAUCAAUAGGCCAGCUCCAUAGAAGCUGCUGGAUUUUUCGGCCAUUCUCACACAUCAAUGAGGAUGAUAGCUAUUUUACGCUCUUACAGAAUUCGUCCGUUACGCUGACUCGUUUGCAUACGGAGAUGAUUUCUGGCGAAUCGUGGCGAAGCUCUUAUGAAGAAUGUCAUGAUGCAAGUACUGUCUUAUUGAAUAAUUCUGGAUAUUAAUUAUUUCUGACUGUUGAAGUACUAUAUCAUCUAUACAACUUCCAAGAAGGAUCCAACUUUCACAAUUCAGACAACCCUUCAUGAUCAAUAUCAGCCUCUUCAUGAAGAAGCUAACUAUUUCAAUCUGAAAAGCAAAACGCCUCCCCCUCACCUACUUCUAAUAUUCGUCAUGCCUGGGAUCGGUGGACGAAAGGGAGAAGAGCGGGCUGUGGUGAUGAACAAUGCACGUCUGCACAAAAUCAAGGUGCUAUAACCUUAUGACUUUACUCUUCUUCAUAUCUGAUUACAGCUCUGCACAGUCCAAAGCAAUUUCUUGCCUAUACCUUAGUGAGUUAGUUUGUGCUAGUGUUCACGAGCCUUUUGCUAUACUAGACACCAUCAUCUAGAAAGGUUUUAUCCGCUGGGCGCGUGCCGAAAAUCAAACGAAAGGAAACAGUCGAUAAAGUCCGAGAGUCCUUUUUCGAGUUUUGCAAAAACACCUUAUGGACCAUGUUGUUCUACGCCCUGGUCUUAUACCAAGAUCCUGACUAGAUGCUCCAAGAGUCAGGAGUCGGAAAGGGUCUACUAAGCUGUUUACUACUAGUUAAUAUAUCAUGUUCUUACUUCUAUAUUAAUAUGGCAACUUGUUCAUUCCAGCUUCUAUGUUCUGUAUACUCUAAUCCUUGGCGGCUUCGGCACCUUACAGAAAAGAUCUUUCCUGAUCGAGAUCGGCUAUACGAUAUUUGCCGAGGGGCUCAACAAAAGCCAUCUGUUUGAAGCGAACGCAGAAACCGCCUAUCAAAAGAUCAAAGACGUACUUUCUCGCUUUCUUGUUACCUCUUUUUAGUAGUGGUCUAAAAAAUAUUAUAAGCGUCGUGUGUCUAGUUUUUAAUAUCAGUUCAGGAAGUUUUUCAGCGGCGACGCUUCUCUAUUACAGGGAUCUAUCAUUCUUUCACCCAUUCACAGGAAUUCGCUUUACGCAGAGGCAACCCAGAAGCGAAAUUCACCAUGGACAAGCUGCAUGAAUCGUUUCAAGAGUGUGCAGAUCUAUUUUCAAAGAUUCAUUGCAAUUAUGAUCUCAUUGUUUGUGUGAACCAACAUUAGUGUCGCUUUGAAGCUGCUCGGACCUAAAUUGAUUUCGAUGCGAUCUACUUGGACACGACGUUUCGUUUUCAGUAAAUCAAAGCCACGACUGAGUAGUGCGCCGAUGUGUCUUGAGAUGAGGCGUAGUUUCUCAAGAGAGCAACUGCGGCCCAUACCCAUUGCAGUGCAACUAGCUCUAUUCCAAGACCUCUAACAAACUCGCGAUUUGGCAAUUCUGGGGCGCGGAGUUAUCGGUAACCUUACCGCAGAUUUUUAUACCACGCCACAAGAUCUCGCACGAUUCUACCAGCUGGAGGUAG